UUCACAUGCGGUAAUGGUCGUUGUAUUCCGGUUUAUUGGCUUUGUGAUGGUGAUAAUGAUUGUUAUGAUAAUACGGAUGAAGAUAAGGAACGAUGUCCAUCAGUUCAAUGUCGCCCUGAGCAAUUUCGUUGCGCUAACAGACGACAAUGUAUCUCACUUAAAAAUCACUGUGAUGGACAGCAAGAUUGUGAUGAUGGAUCGGAUGAAGAAAGUUGUCUCUCUCAGGAGAAUAAGUGUACACAUAAUGAAUUUACAUGCGUAUCUGAUGGACUUUGCAUACCGAUGACAUGGAAAUGUGAUGGACAAAAGGAUUGUGAAGAUGGAAGCGAUGAACCGGAAGGCUUAUGUUCAAGCAUUCAAUGUGCCAAAGAUCAUUUCAAAUGUGCUAAUGGUCGUUGCAUUUUUAAUGCAAGUAUUUUUACAUAUUUAGAAAGUGUAACUUGGCUUUGUGAUGGAGAAAAUGAUUGUGGUGAUAAUAGUGAUGAAGAUGCGGAACACGGCUGUCAGCGUUCUCAACUGCUUCCUGUUCGAUGUCCUUUCGAACAUAUAGCAUGUCCAGGAGCUCCAGAUAUUUGCAUAUCACUUCAUAAUUUAUGUGAUGGUAAAGAUCAUUGUCCCGGUGGUACCGAUGAGGGCGGACGAUGUGCUCGAGAUUUAUGUGCUGCUGAUCGAGCUGGUUGUGCAUUCAAAUGUCACAUGAGUCCUGAUGGUCCACUUUGUUCGUGUCCAUUUGGUGAAGCGGUGUUGAAUAAGACAAAAUGUGAACCAGAAAAUGAAUGCUUAGAUGCUCGUUCAUGCAGUCAGAAUUGUACUGAUGAAAAGCAUGGAUUUCGUUGUAGUUGUGAGGAAGGAUACGUAUUGGAUGCUGAUAAAAGAACUUGUAAAGUUAUUGAUGGUGUUCAGGAUAUGCGCAUUUAUGUAUCAAAUCGUAAUCGUAUUUAUUGGUCUGAUCGUUUACUCGAGAAUUGGCAUACAUUUGAAGCACGAGUGGAGAAUGCAAUUGCAUUAGCUUGGGAUUCAGUAGAAGAUCGAAUUUAUUGGUCAGAUAUAAGAGAAAAGAAAAUUUAUUCGGCAACACGAAAUGGCACAAAUGUGACAGUAUUUAUUAGUGAAGGUUUGGAUGUUACAGAAGGUAUUGCAUUAGAUUGGAUUGCACGUAACCUAUAUUGGGUUGAUUCAAGUCUUAAUACAAUAGAAGUGGCGUCGUUAGAACGAUCUACUGC